ACCAGAGUCGCCAGAGAUUCUGAUUGAACUUCAUCCAAACUCCCAUCGCCUUUGACUGUGACAUCCUUCACCCAAUCAUGUCAAGCAACGCCAGCCAGCAUGUGCCUCCCACCGAUAUCACAAGAAGAAGGACAUCUUUUUUAGAUCUGGACUAUGACGUCCGACUCAUGAUCUACACCGAGCUAUUCGUCCGUCCCCAGGUCGUCGGCUUCAUCUACGAUCUCGACUUAUUCGCUCCAGCAGAUGCAGUCCAGCGAAUGCAGGUGAACCUGAUGGCGCUGGAGACACCCAUCUACCCCGAGAUCCUGCGAGCCUCCAAAAUCGUCUACGCAGAGGCCAUGCCGAGACUCUACGCAGGAACCCGGUUCAGCGACGGCGGCGCCGCACGGCGGUCUCCGCGUUGGGCCCGGGAUUUCCUGUCGCGUGUCGGGAGCAGGCAGGCGAGGUACGCGAGGGAUUUCGAAUGGGGAUUCCCGCACCACGACCAGGUCGAUGGGCGGAUACUCCAGGAUAUGCCGUUGGACGGGGCCUUCCGGGAGAAUAUCCGAGUCCUGGCGGAAGCGACGAAUAUCAGACGUCUCACCUUCAACACCUGGCAUGCCCUAUCUUUACCCAUCCCCGACUACCAGUACGAAGUGCAAAGGGUCUGUUCCGAACUCCGCCGGGAUAUCGAAGUCGUCGUGGAUUUCUACGAUACAGAUGACGGGGUGUUGCCCGGUGACUUUCUGGCGGUGCUCCAAGCGCUCGGCUGGAAGUAUCGUAGGAUAUGGAGAAACACCCAGCAGUGCAAAUCGACGGCCCUGUGGUCGUCAGAAGAUAUUCCCACUCCUGUCAUGGAUCCCAACGCGAAACGCGUGCUCGAGGACACGCCAGCAUGA